AUGCCCCAUCAAUAUCAUAUGAUCCACCAAGAUAAAACUGUUGAUGUGCCUUAUUGCCUGAUAAAUAUUUCUUCUGGUCAGGGACAUCUUAGCUUAAUAGUUGGCCCCUAUUGGCGAAUAUAUCAAUACUCGGGUAUAAGACAUGUAGAUGCUCUUGUGGGGCCGUUGUUGUACUCCGAAGCUAUUACUUACUAUGGGUUUCCAUGUCAGGCUGAGGUUCGAAUAAGCGCUUAUGAUCGCGGAUCAGCCUCAAAAUUAAGCCUGAAUCAUCUCGUGCCUAAGUGCAUAUUAACCCUCAUUAUAUACCGUUCAGGAGAAAAUAUGGGUCGUUUUCGCCGUCUGUUUGGCCUGGAGCCUCGUCCCAAAGGUUCGACUAAAAAUACCCCUGCUCCUCAGGUUAGACCGAACUCCGGAAACGGGGGUUUUUCGACAACCUCACAGAGACAAGGGGGAAUUCCUAGGAUACAUCCUGGGCCUUUAAGGAUAAUUUUGCUUGGGCAUGAGGCAACAAAGUGGAAGAAAAACCUGAAAAAAGGAAAAUUCGAUGAAACGGUGAAGAUGGUCCAAGAGAAUCUAGAGUUGAAGAAGAGAGAGUUUGGCGAAAAGCACGAAGAAACAGCGGCUGCUAUGUACAAUCUCUCUGUCUUGUUCUAUGGAGGGCGCAAGCUUGAGGAAGCCGAGGAGCUGAGCAGACAGGCUCUGAGUAUAUUCGAAGAGCUGCUUGAUUCCCAUCAUCCGUCGAUAGUCAUAGUUAUGUCCAUUCGUACACAUAUCCUUUUGUUGCUGGACAAGCCGGAGCACACCGUGGAGAAGUAUCGACUUGCUCUGAAGGUGUCCCAGGAACUUCAUGGGCCCGAACAUUCAGACACUAUAAUAGCAAUGGACAGUUUGGCAGAGAUACUUCGACGUGAAGGAGAGUUUCAGGAGGCCGAGGGCAUCCAGCGCCAAUUAUUGAAGUUGAAAGCAAAAUUGUCGGGUCCGAAGCAUUCAAGCACACUGGACACUAUGAACAAUCUCGCAGAGGUGCUCAAGUCCCAGGGCCAGUAUGUUGAAGCAGAAGAGCUCCAUACACAGGGGCUCCAGCUAAGGAAGGAAACUAUGGGACCUGAGCAUCCAGAUACGCUGAGCACCAUGAAUAACUUGGGGUUAGUGCUCAGCGGUCAGGGAAAGUAUCAGGAGGCUGAGGAGGUACACCGGCAAGAGCUUGAGUUGAGGGAAAAGGCCCUGGGUCCUGAAAAUCCACUCACGCAAUACUGCAUGGUUAACCUCACAGAAGUACUCUAUAACCAGGGUAAAUUUAAAGAGGCGUUGGAAAUGCACGAGCAAGCAGCUGAGUUGAGCAAGAAGGUGUUAGGCCCUGAUCACCCGUCAACUUUGAGAACGUUGAAUAGCCUAGCAAAGGCUCGUCAUCUGCGGAAUGUGGAAUAA